AUGCGACGUUCCUGGCUCCUCGCGGCUGCCACCUGGGCGUGGACGAUCAGGUGCUUUGUGUCGCCACUGUUGUCCAGCCAAAUCAGGGUGCCGCAUGUGCCGAGGGCGGCAAGGACGUCGAGGUGGCGCGCAGCCCUUACGAGCAUUCUUCGCUCGGGCCAGGCUGCCAAGAAACAGUGGCAUAUGUUCUGUGAAGAGGAGUGGGACGGGGCUACCGAGCAACCCGACUUGGCUAUCGAGAAUCACAGCGCAGCAUCACUGCGCCGCUUCGUGGCCGCGUUUCAGCAGGGCUACCGACGGCUGUCGCCAGGAGCGCUGCUGUUGGAGGCCGCAGAGGUCGAGCCGACGGGGAGGUUUGCCUUGGCCGUGCAGGAGUACUGUCAGACCAGGCUGCACGGUCUGUUGCCUUCCAACUCGCAGCCGCCAAGAGCACAGCUGAGUCUCAUGAUGCUCGGUAUUAUUGCCUUCCAAGUCGUAGCCGGCAAGGCCACAGCUGAUGCUCAUGCUUUUGCCAAUGAUGCUUGGCCCCUUUUCUGGCUGAUGCUCAUCAUGUCCGGCUUACCUUCAUGGGCUCAUUACGGCUCAUUGAUGCUCAGCUGA